AUGGCGCCGUAUGAAGCAUUAUAUGGAAGGAAGUGUAGAUCGCCGUUCUACUGGGACGAGGUUGGCGAGCGACAGGUACUUGGACCCGAUGCUGUUGAAGAGAUGGUUGGAAUUGUUCGCCAAAUACGAGAGAGGAUAAAAGAAGCUCAAGACAGACAUAAGUCAUACGCGGAUGUCCGACGAACUGACUUACAAUUUCAAGCCGGCAACAGAGUUUUCCUCAAAGUGUCCCCGUCAAAAGGGAUAACGCGAUUUGGUGUCAAGGGCAAACUAAAACCGCGAUUUAUUGGACCACCAAGCCGUGGAAACGUGCACAAUAUUUUUCAUGUGUCACAGUUGCGCAAAUACGUGUUCAACCCAAAGCACGUGAUUCAUUACGAAGAAGUCACCCUGAACCCGGACUUGAGCUACGAGGAGAGACCCCAAAUGAUUUUUGACCGAAAGAUCCAGAAUGUGAGAAAUAAGUCUGUUACUUGUGUGAAAGUACUUUGGAGUAAUCAUGGGCAUGAAGAAGCCACAUGGGAGAAAGAGGACCAGAUGAUGGAAUUGUACCCUGAACUCUUUCCUUGA